UCGUUUCGUACAUGUUCAGAAUGGGAAGUAAAACAGGAGGCAAUACCGAGCCUAUGCCAUUUGUGCGGAAGUGGGGCGCAGCAGCAGCGGCCUCCGCCAAUGGUUCAGAAGAAGGUGUCAUGAAUGGACCUCCACCUCCACCUCCAGAAAGUGCAACAUCAGAUCAUGAUACCUCGACACAUUCAAAUCGUGAUCGCAGCCGUUCUCGUUCACGCGAUCGCAGAGAACGCAGAGAACGUCGUAGACGAUCGCGGUCUGGAGAUCGUGAUCGCCACAGAAGGCAUAGAAGUCGUUCCAGAAGACGUAGUAGAUCGCGGGACAGGAAACGGUCAAGAAGUAGAAGUAAAGGUCGCUCGCGAGAUCGUUCCCGCGAUCACUCGUCGCCGGUUAUUACUGUCCCACCUGCACCCAUCCAUAAAGAACCGGUCAUAAAUCCUUUGAUGAGACCUGAAAUUGCGCUAGCUGGAGCGGAUGGAGUUCCGGGCAGUGAAAAUACACUGACAGAAAGGAAGCGCGAGAGGAAGUCACGUUGGUCGGUGACUAAGAGUUUUGUACCAGGAAUGCCUACAAUCUUGCCGUCCAACUUAACAGACGAUCAGAGGACCGCCUAUCUUCUUCAACUGGAGAUCGAAGAUGCAACGCGAAAGCUACGUUUGGGCGAUUUUCUUGGACCAGCUGAUCCAGCGCAAAGAAGUCCGUCACCUGAGCCGAUCUAUGACAGUAAUGGCAAAAGGCUGAAUACAAGGGAGGUACGAAAGCGGCAAGAACUUGAGCAACUGCGGCACGAGAAAAUUCAAGCAUUGCUGAAAAUUAAUCCCAACUUCAAACCACCAGCAGACUACCGCGCUCCAAACAUUCGGCUACAUGACAAGGUAUGGAUACCGCAAGAUGCUCAUCCUGAACUCAACUUUGUUGGUCUACUGAUUGGACCUCGAGGAAAUACGCUGAAAAGUCUUGAGGCAGAAACAGGAGCGAAAAUUAUCAUCAGAGGUAAAGGAUCAGUUAAAGAAGGCAAGCUUGGCAGCAGGCUUGGCCCUAUGCCAGGAGAAAAUGAGCCUCUACAUGCUUAUGUCACUGGAACUGACCAGGCAACGAUAAAGAAAGCUUGUGAUAAGAUUCGCUCAAUCAUUGCUGAAGCGACUGCUAUACCUGAUGGUCAAAAUGAGCUACGGAAACUGCAAUUAAGAGAGUUGGCUCUGCUGAAUGGAACCCUUAGACCAGAAGAUCUCGCCAGUGGUGCUCGUUGCUCCAAUUGCGGAUCUGACGAACACAAGACCUGGGAAUGCCCAGAUGCCCCCAAUGUCACCGCUAAAGUGGUGUGCAUGGCUUGCGGAUGCGCUGGACACAUUGCGCGUGAUUGUAAAAAUCCGCGACCUGGAGGAGCAGAAGCUGCUGGGGAUGGUGGCAUGGACGACGAAUACUCUGCGCUUAUGGAAGAACUUGGAGAACGACCAGCUCGCAAUGCGGAUGGUUCUAUCCGAGGCCGUGGAGCAGCUACGUUCCGUGGCGCAACCAGAGGAACCAGUUUCUUCCCUCGCGGUGCUCUAACCAGUCAGCAGCCUGUCAUAAGAGUCAACUUGAGCACAGCUGCGCAACAGAAUGCGAUGAUGACAGGAAUGAUGCCUCCGCCACCGGGCAUGAGACCUCCAUAUGGAAUGACGCCGCCUACUGCUGACCCUUACCAACCUCAAGGAUUCUUUGCCAGUCCAGGUGCUAGAGGACGUGGAGCUGGAGCUGCAGCAUUCAGAGGAGGUUGGUAUGGAGGAGCGACGUCGAUGCCGUUACCGGUUCCACCACCGCCACCACCACCAACGGGUGGAUUCCCACCUCCUCCCCCUCCUCCACCCCCAGCUCCACAAACGGACCUUUCAAGGAUCUUAUCGGCACCAGCUCCGCCACCUCCUCCACCUCCCCCACCCCAGCAGUAA